UAUCACUCGUCGACAACGCCCCAUGUGCACGAGACUUAAUGCUAACGGAAAACUCAUUGUCGGUCAAUCACAUCAACAACAGUCGAUGUAGUCGUGUUUUGUAUAUUGAAGUGGUUCUAUCGACUUUUUAGUUGUUAGUUAAUCGUUUUCUUGCGGGGAGUACUUAUAGUACUUACAAUAAUAUAAUCACAGUUGCAGAAUGGGUUCAGUUUCCAGUACGAGGUCUAUCAUGCCUUCGACACGAGAUUUUGUCAAUGAACUCAUCGCAAAGGACUCAGUCGUCAUAUUCUCCAAGACAUCUUGUCCUUACUGCAAAAUGGCCAAGCAGGUGUUUGAUUCCUUGAAGAAAACGUAUACAGCGAUAGAACUGGACGAUAGAGAAGAUGCCCAGGAGAUACAAGACGUAUUGGGCGAGAUGACGGGCGCCAGGACAGUGCCCAGGGUAUUCCUCAAUGGAAAAUGCUUAGGAGGCGGUACCGAUGUGAAGAGACUGCAUGAAAGCGGCGAACUCGAAAAAAAAUUUUGAAUUUUUAUCGACGAAGUGUAUUAUGAUCAACUAUAAAUAAUUUGUUAUAACGAGAAAAUUUAUUCUAAUGCAACAAAUAAAAAAUAUCGCUGUACUUAUUUUUAAUGCGAGAGAGAAGAAAUGAAUUUUUAAAGAAUUUUUCGUUUUCUAUUUUGAUUUUUAUCUCGAUGUGUUCUUCAUUCAGAAUUAAUAAAAAAAAUCAUUUAUUGUCAAGACACAUGUUAAUUAAUAUCGUUCUUAUUCGUAACUGUGUUCGCUUAAAUCUUACUGUAUAUAGAAACAGUCCAUGAAAUCAAAUAAAAAAACUCAAACUCUAA